AUGGAUCAGGACACUCAGUGGCUGUACCAGCUUCUUGCUGAGGUUCAACUCGAGAAGUUCUACCACCGUGUUCGAGAUGGACUUAACGUGACACGUAUCGAGCACCUGGCCUAUGUGAAGGAAUCUGACCUUGAGCAGAUUGGCAUCAGCAAGCCAGGACAGCGAAGGUUAUGGGAAGCUGUCAAGCGCUACAAAAGCAACGCGCGGCCACGGUCAUGGAUGGCUAAAGUUUUCAGUGGCCGUGGCCCAGAGGGUGGUGACCAAUGGAAUGGCAGUGGAGCAGUUCAAGGUUCCGAGCCGGGGCGUUCAUUACCAUGUCUAAUUCAGGACAGUGAGCUGAAUAUGGGAGAGAAGUUGGGCUCGGGCUCGUUUGGGGUCGUGAGGAGGGCCGAAUGGCAAACACCCACUGGUCGAGUUUUGCCUGUUGCAGUGAAGUCGUUAAGGAGCACUGUCUCGAGACAAGCAGAUACACUGUCCGACUUCCUUCAGGAGGUCACCACCAUGCAAUCGCUGGACCACGUAAAUAUCAUCCGCCUCUAUGGCGUGGUGCUCACACAGCCUCUUAAGAUGGUAACGGAGCUGGCAUCUCUGGGCUCUCUAUACGACAUAUUACGAGCUCGCCAGGGCGAGUACCCCCUGGCCCGCCUUUGGCUCUUUGGCACACAGAUCGCGGCCGGAAUGGAGUACCUGGAGAGCCGGCGUUUCAUCCACCGGGACCUGGCUGCCCGAAACGUGCUGCUGGCCUCCCGCGAGCUGGUGAAGAUCGGAGAUUUUGGUUUGAUGAGGGGUCUCAGCCAGGAAAAAGACCACUAUGUUAUGACGGCGCACAAACGCAUACCUUUCGCAUGGUGUGCUCCGGAGAGUUUGCGCGUGGGCUCUUUCUCUCACGCCUCGGAUGUCUGGAUGUUCGGCAUCACGCUUUGGGAGAUGUUCACCUAUUGUGAGGAGCCAUGGUUUGGGUUGUCGGGCAGACAGAUCCUGUUUCGUGUGGAGCGGGAGGGCGAGCGCCUGGAGAGGCCCUCAGACUGUCCUCAGGAACUGUACGGCGUCAUGCGUAAAUGUUGGGCCCUUAACCCUGGCGACCGGCCCGCUUUCGCUCAGCUGACUACGCUGGUGGCUGAGGCUCAGCCCAUGGAGGUACGUGCGGUGAGAGACUUUUCAGAGCCUAAGAAGCUGACUCUACAGACCAAUGACCUGGUGACCGUCAUAGACCACGGGUUGGAACUCUGUGAGUGGAAGGGACAGAACCAGACGACACUGGCCGUCGGGUUGUUCCCCGCGACGCUGGCGGCUCCCUCCCUGACUGUCCCAGGAGGACCCUCCGUCAUCUCCCCACCUGUAAGGGGAAGCCUGCAGCACACAGGGCACGGUGACGUCAAACCAGAACGCAGCUGGGGCACGCCAGAACGUAUCAACGAAAAUACAGCCUGGAAAAUUCCACUGGCAAACAGGGAGAGAGUGGAGAACUCCAAUCUUAAGAGAAUGGCAGGUAUGUCCCGGAGUCUGGAGUCGGUUCUGGGGGAGAAACCCGACAAGGCUCAGGGAGGAGUUGGAACCAGGGUCGAAUUACGGAGACCCGCCCACCCCCAAAUGAGCCAGGACCCUCGGAGAUUCAGCGACGCCCUCCUUGUCCUGCCGCCGCGCCCUCCUCCCCCAAAUUUCAAACCUAUCAAUCCCCAGAUGAUGCCGAGAAAUCGGAGGCCUAUGGCCAAUCAAGUUCCAGGUCCCUGGGCUCCACAACCUUAUCCACACCAGCUGGCCCAGGCCCUCCAACAGCAGGGUGUGGUGGGCACCAACCUGGCAAAGACGGGCCAGCUGGCGCACUCUUCACCUCAACUGGAUGACAGCGGGGAAAAAGAAAGGGAGAGAGAACGAGAAAGGGAGAGGGCGAAAGAGAGAGAGAGGGUGCGGGAGAGGUACCCGCCUCAGUUGCAGCUGGACAAGGAGUCCCUCAUAAAACAGGUACAGGAGGCGGUGCAUGGGGUGACCAGUGAGGAGGUUCAGAAAGCAUUACAUCGCAAUGACUGGAAUCCUGUGAGGGCGGAGCAGCAGCUCAAGACCGAUCAGCUGUUUUUCAUGAACGUGUGCUCUCGGGAGGAUUGCCACAAGAUCCUGUCCCGGUACAAGUGGGACCUGCAGCUGGCCAGCCGUCACGUCCUCCGUAAGAACAGGGACGAGCGGGAAGUCUACGACAGACGAGCAGAGAGAGUAUAACGCAGGCUGGAGAAACUCCUCAUCGGUGAACUUUAAGGCCUAAGCGCGUUUUCCUUCAAAGUCUCACAUUUUAUGAGAGUUCAGGUACUUCAGAUUAGAAGAUGCUCAAUUCCUUCUCUUAGUUCCUCAGACUUUUAAGCGUGACGUCGAAGCGAAUGCGUGUUUGCCCUCGUCAGAAUGGAGA